GCGACAGCUGGCAAGGCCUUUGCACCUGCUCAGCACCAAGGACGGCCUCAUCCGUCGCACGACCACCCCCGUCGUUACCAUCUGUAUGCAGAGGAGCAGUGGAUCGUGCGGGGUGGUAGGUAUGAUCGGGUUCCUGGACGUCUCGUUGAGGUCAGUGGUGUUCCGGGGAAGGCUUUCGCGAGCGCCGUGAACGGCAGCCGCAUACAGCGACGUAAAUGAUUUGUCAAGUUUCCCUGCGAAUCACGAACCCCAGAAGUCUCCAUUUCUCUUAUAUGUACCGCUGCUGUCCCAGGCACCCAAUGCUGCCCUCUCUCUCGUCGUUGCCCUCCCCGACCUGACCAGGUGCCAGUGCAAUGGCUAUCGACAGCCAUUCCUCCAGCGGUCUCGGCCCUUCACAACUCCCACAAGAGGAGGCCCGCCGCCUUUUCGAUGACUACGAUGUCCUCAAUGACGACAGCGCCCUCGAAAACCAAAAGUCGACCAGGCGGGACAAAUCCACGCCGAUCCCAAAGGCCCAGCUCGCGACGCUGUGCGCCGUCCGGCUCGUCGAUCCCAUCGCUUUCACACAGAUCUUCCCUUACGUGAACGAGAUGAUGGCACAUCUCCAUCUAACCGAGGACCCGUCCAAGAUUGGAUUCUACAGCGGACUGGUGGAGAGCAGCUUUGCUGUCGCCCAAGUCCUGUCCAUAUACCAGUGGGCCAGGCUAUCCGAUAUUAUCGGCCGUAGGCCUAUCGUCCUGCUUGGGAUAUCGGGAAUUGGCAUUGCGACGGUAUGCAUGGGACUGUCAUCCACGUUGAGCGGAGUACUUUUUGCACGGUCAUUGAGUGGACUGUUCUCCGGCAAUAUUGCGGUGAUUCAUUCUGUCCUCGGAGAGAUCACCGAUUCCACGAAUCAAGCUAUCGCCUUCUCACUAUAUGGCUUAUGCUGGCCAUUGGGUGCUGUUAUCGGUCCUCUUAUGGGCGGCCUAUUGUCCAACCCCGCAGAUAAGUUCUCAUGGUUCGACACACCACUCUUCCGACGGUACCCAUACCUACUGCCCUGUGUUACGGCUGCUGUCAUCGCAUGGGCCGGAUGUUUGUACGGCUACAUUCACCUUGGGGAGACGCUGCCUUCGAAGCGACGGCUACAGAAGGACAACAUUCAGAUGUCUGAGUGCCAUGGCGGCGCGUUUGAGAAGCCCCCACAGCCUGCGACUAUCCGGUAUUUGUUAAGCAUUCCCCUCGUCCGUGCGUUGUGUCUCAGCGGUGCCGGCUUGUCGUUCAUUGCUACGGGAUUCGAUGUCACAUUCGUUCUCUUCUGCUACACGUCCAUCGCUCAAGGCGGCCUAGCAUUCAACGCCACGCAAAUCGGGUACGCGCUCUCAAUAUCGGGCUGCGUCUCCAUCUCCCUCCAGCUCUUCUGCAUGCCCUACCUUCUGCGCCGCUUCGACCACGCCAGGAUGUACAACUUCUGCAUGGGCCUCUGGCCCUUCUGCUUCGUCCUCCUCCCGGGGCUGAACAUCAUCGCCCGCAUGGGCACAGUCGACCCAGCGACGGGGAUGCUCGACCCGACCACGAUGGCGUUCGUGUGGAUGGGCAUAUGCGUCAUCCUAGCGAUAUCCCGGUCUGCCGCGCUGGCGUUCUCCGUAAGCAUGCUUCUUGUCAAGGAGGCUGCACCGGACCCCACAUCUCUGGGCGUAACGAACGGCAUCACCCAAUUCGCAAUGUGCCUUUCCCGCUCCUUCAGCCCCGCCUUCGCGAGCUCCCUGCUUGCAUUCUCUAUCGGCUAUGAGUUUAUCCUCCUGCGGUACCUCUGGGUGAUGGUCAUGGCCACCAUCUGUUUCCUCGGAACCACCCUCUCGCGCCGCAUCGCCGAAGGGAGACGGACUCCCGCCCCAUUAUGA